AUGCAGUUCUUCAUCACCAUCCUCUCCCUGGCUGUCGCCGUCUCCGCUGUUCCCCAAGGCAACGGCAACGGAAACGUUGUCUGCAAGGGCGGAAACGAGAAGGCAGUCUGCUGCGCUGCCAAGGAUACGCUCGUCGGCGCCCUUGAGUGCGUCACUCUUCCUAUCAGCGUCCAACAGCCUGGCUGCGAUGGUAGCAUCCGCUGCUGUGACACCGACGCCCCGGCGGGCACUAUCGUCAACAUCCAGGCUCUCAACUGCGCCAGCGUCGCAUAA